GGCUGCUCACUGAUGCCACUUAAACCACAUGGGUGAAAAUAAACAUUUAAUCUGUGACUGAGAAGCAGUGACUUGGCGCAUUACUACAGCGGUGAAUCUUCGGCUCUGGUCCGGGACCGUCCUGACAGAAGGAGGCAGCUCCUAUUACACUUUAGCAGGAACCAGAUCUGUUAAGUGAUGCCGCUGGACGUGGAGAUCCCCGUUCUCCGAGGCUUUUUAACACCCAGCGAGGCAACGCAAUGGAAGCAGAGUGUCUUCAGUACUGCAGAGGCAGGCUCUCUGCUGGAGUCCUUGAUGGAGGGGGACUUUGAGGCAGUUCUGCUGAACCCCAAGGUAUUAGACCUGCUCACUGGAGAUGGCAGCUGCAGCGAGGGGGAGGAGAUUGAGGCAUAUCUGGAGAGACGGGUCCUACUGUAUCUAACUGGAGGCACCAGCGAUGACCAGACCAACAGGGAGCUGGCUGUAAUGGCCCUGGCUGUCGCUUGCCUCCACAUGUUUGUCCAGAGUAACUGGACUGGUCCUCCAGUGUCCAGCCAUGUCUCUGACCUGUUGCCCCCGGCCCUGCUCGCCUCUCAGCCCCAAAGCUUGGUUGAGGCGAUCCACUCCAGCCUCCUCCUGGAUGGGGAGUCAGUGUACAGCCUGGUGGCCAACCCCUUCCUCCUCCUGCUGGCUGGCAUCAUUCUCACCAAGUGCUCCUCCAAGAUGGACAGCCUCCAGCUGCUGCCCUGGUGGACCCUGCGCUACAUCAACCUGCAUCAGCAGAUCCUGGAGGCUCGUUCUCCUCAGCUCCUCAGCCUGGCCCACAGCAGCAUGGAAAAAGUGCUGACCUGCCAGUCUGUGCUGUCGGAGCAGAGACACCUGGCCAUCCAGUUCCACCUGGAGUGUGUGUACACCAGUUUGACGUACUAUGAGUACCAGCCAGCCAAGGAACACAUCAGGAAGGCUCAGGAGCUGUCAGGGCUCAACAUCAACAUGACUGGUGCUCUUGGCAAACGGACCCGGUUCCAGCAGAAGUACUUGGCUCAGCUGAUCCUGGAGGUCAGUAGAAACCAGGACCAGGCUGGUCAGAGGGACGACGAGGCCACUCCCACUCCCACACCUCGGGCCUACCUACCUAAGGACUACAGUCUGGGUGACGACACCGUGCUGGAUCAGAUCAAUUUAGCAGAGCCAGAUCAGUACGAGCUGCCUGACCUCAGUGCAGAGGAGCAGGCGGUCAUCCUGGGUGUCUGCACUGACUUCCAGAAGAACAACCCUGUCCACAGACUGACUGAAGAAGAGCUCCUCACCUUCACAUCUUGUAUACUGUCUCAGCCCAAGUUCUGGGCUAUAGAGGUCUCGACACUUUGUCUCAGGACCAAACUGGAAAAACAAAGGUCCAGGUGUGUAGAGAGAUCCAUGAUGCAAACCCAGGCUGUAGUAGAUCACUUUGAAGACAAGAACUGUCCCGUGACUGAGCGGCUCAAAGUCUUCUACUGCUGCCAAGCCCCACCCAGAUGGGCUGUCCAGAAACAGCUGGCCACCCUGCUGACAGACCUCGGCUGCAUCAGCUCAGCUCUGCUCAUGUAUGAGAAGCUGGAGCUCUGGGAGGAAGCAGUUAUUUGCUAUGAGAGGCUGGGCCAGCAUGGCAAGGCUGAGGAGAUUGUCCGCAGGGAGCUGGAGAAGAAAGAGACGCCCAGUCUGUAUUGCCUCCUGGGAGACAUCCUGAGGGACCAUCAGUACUAUGACCUGGCCUGGGAGCUGUCCGGCAGACGCAGUGCCAGAGCCAUGCGCUCCAAAGCCCUGCUCCACCUCCACAACAAGGAGUUCCAGCAGUGUGUUGACUGCUUUGAGCGGUCACUCAAGAUCAACAGUAUGCAGCUUGGUGUGUGGUUUUCCCUCGGAUGUGCCUACUUUGCUCUGGAGGGUUAUGAGGGAGCUGCCAGGGCUUUCCAAAGGUGUGUGGGGCUUGAGCCAGAUAACGCAGAAGCGUGGAACAACCUCUCCACAGCCUACAUCCGCCUCCACAAAAAAAACAAAGCCUUCCACACCCUGCAGGAGGCCCUGAAGUGUAACUAUGAACACUGGCAGAUCUGGGAGAACUUCAUCGUUGUCAGCACCGAUAUUGGGGACUUCUCUGAAACCAUCAAGGCUUACCACCGUCUGAUGGACCUCAGGGAGAACUACAAAGAUGUCCAGAUUCUGCAGAUACUGGUAAGAGCAGUUGUUGAGAACCUGACGGACAGCCAGGGUGUCCAGGCCAUAACCCUCCAGUCCAGACUGAAGGAGCUCCUGGGUCGGGUCAGUUCCCGCCACAGCAGUGACUCUGAGAUAUGGCGGCAGUACGCUCUGCUGUACGGUGAUGGCCACAGCUCUAACCCAGAGGACAACGAGAAGGCCCUGCAGUUCCUGUCGAAGGCUCACCGCUGUGAGGUUCAGGCUGGUGGCUGGGAGAAAGAACCUGCUCUCUUCAAGGAGGUGGUGAAAAGAGCCAUUGAUAUGGGAGAAGUGACCCUCAGCUGCAGUAAGAAGAAGACUAAUCCAAUAGAAGCUCUUCAGAUGCUCUCCUCCACCCGGCUCAGCCUCCGCAGUUUGGCCACCAAAGCUAAGCAAAUGCACACAGACGUGGCCACAGGUCAGAUCCACGGCGAGCUGCAGGACGGUGUCGCUGCUCUGGAGCAACUCAUCACAGAGCUGCAGGAGCUGAGCAGGAAGCUACAUGACCAAUCACAGUGACCAUCCUCAAGACACGCCCCCUCUCUCCAGCUGUGACUGAUGGUAACGACUGAUCAAAGACAGACAGACCGCAGCACCGCCCAUCUGCCUUUAAAUAAUCAUGAUGUUUUUGUACGUAUUUGAACGUAAACCAUGACUGUAAGGCACUAAUCAAUAAAAUACU